GGGGUUUGGGGUCCCUGCGGGGGCACCGCCGGGCUGCUCCGCAUCAAAACUCGGGCCUUGUCCAUAUGAGCUGGGGCUUUUAAAUGAAGCAUGGUUUACUUUUGCAUACUCCGGUUAGAAUAACGCUUCUGCACAAAGUGAGCGUUUUGUACUCCAGGCGUUGGGAAAACCACACUCGGAAAAGAACUCGCGUCAAGAACGGGGAUGACCUAUAUUAAUGUGGGUGACAUGGCAAAAGAAGGAGAACUGUAUGAAGGCUUUGAUGAGGAAUAUGAUUGUCCUAUUUUGGAUGAAGACAGAGUAAUUGAUGAACUAGAAGACAAAAUGAGUGAGGGUGGAGUUAUUGUUGAUUAUCAUGGCUGUGAUUUUUUCCCUGAACGGUGGUUUCAUAUCGUUUUUGUCCUUCGUACAGAAAAUUCAUUUUUGUAUGACAGACUUGAAAGCAGGGGCUACAAAGGGAAAAAGUUGCAAGACAACAUUCAGUGUGAAAUUUUUCAGACACUUUAUGAGGAAGCUAUGUUGUCAUAUAGAGAGGAAAUUGUACACCAGUUACCCAGCAACACUCCAGAAGACUUAGAGAGAAAUUUGGAUCAGAUUAUGCAAUGGAUUGAGCAAUGGAUGAAGGACAACAAUUGACAUUUGGUGAAAAAGUAACUCUGGUAGAUCACUUCUUGGAAGGGUUUAAUAAGUUACAUUGAAAAUUUUUGUAUGGUAAAUUAAAACCAAUUUUAUUGUAAUUUGAUAUCGUUGGGGACUAGAAGGUUCAGAAUAGCCAGUUUGUCAGGCUUUGGAACCACUUCUGAGCACUCUGGGAGAGGCACACGGGAGAAGAGAACUGACACAUGCAAAAA